GAGGGUGAGAGACCUCGCCCACAAGGAUCCUCUCCUGUAGAUGAAUAUCCUGAGACUGAGAAAUACAUUGACAUUGAUAAGCAGAGUGGAGGUGGCAAGAAAGGAAAGAGGAGUUUUGGGAACCUGUUUGAAAAGCGCUCUCCUGCCAAGAUGAGUCAACUGGAGAGUCAGGAGUCAGGAGUAAUUGUGAAAAUGCCAAAAGAGACAUGUGCUGAAGGUCUUGUUGUGAGUGGCGGAGGAAAGGAGGGAAUCUUCAUCAAAGAAGUAAGGCCAGAAUCUCCAGCCGCAAAGCUUCUUAGUUUUCAUGAGGGUGAUCAGAUACUCAGUGCCACAGUGUAUUUUGAUGAUGUUACAUAUGAAGAUGCCCUUCAGAUAUUAGAGCAUGCCCAUUCCUACAAGAUGGAGUUACUACUGAAACGGAAACCAAUAAAGACAUCCACCCUUGACAGUGAACCAGCUGUUGAAAUUAACCAAGUGGAAGAAGGAUUCUCUGCUGAAAUGAGGAGACAUUCAAAGACAAAAAGGCAGGGUGACCGAAUCUCUUGGCCCAAGUUCCCCAAUUUCAGCAAAAGUAGAAAGUCGCAUUUUAAGAGGUCUCACAGUACUUCAGAGGCAGAAGAUCAGAGGAAAUUGGAACUCAGCCCAACAACAAGUGACACAGAGUCACCACUUAAAUUUCAGGAUCCUGUGAAGACUAAGACAAAGAAGCAUACAUUAAAAUUAUCAAACCUGAAGAUGAAGGGUCGUAAGAGCAGAUCAGUUGAACAACCUGACCAGGACAUAGACAUAAUAACAUUUGAGCAGGGCAAUGAAAACCAACAGAGUCAACAUGACAUACACUCACUGGAUGGAGAAAUACCUCAAGUAUGUUUGUUAGAAUCAGAAUCAGAAAAAACUGAAUCCACCAAGAUGAGGAAUGAAUGCACACUUCCGGACAUGACAGGCUCAGAAACCAAACAACACAAGGCAGAACUCAUCAGUCUGUACAAUACUUUGAAAACUACUGAUAUAGAAGUUACUCUUGCUGAUCAAGAAAGCUCCUCAAACAAGAAAUCUCCAGAGGAAAAUGAAAAGAAGACAGAGAAGAACAAGAGAUCAGAACUAAAGUUUAAAUUCAAAGGAAAGGAAAGAAAAGACAAACUCAAGCAAGACAUACCAGUAAAAUCAAUGCCAAAAAUCCUGAAUGCACCAGGAACAUAUAUCAUAACAUCUGAUGAAUCAACACAUGAUAAUAUACUGGCAAGUCCAAGUGCAGUGUCACAUACUCAGCUGGAGAAUCAUCAAAUCUUAGUUGAAAACAAUGUUCAAGUACUAAGCAAUGCUAGUUCUGGAAAUAUCCUAUCCUCCAGUAAUAUGGAAAUUAGCUUGCCAAAAGUAGAUUAUUUCCUUGAAAUGCCAGAUGUAGAGCGUGCUAGGAAUUCCACAAAUUUUGGACAAGAACAAGACCUGAAAGCACAGGAAAUGAACAUACUUUCUCAGGUCACCAGUACUACAAUACAAGCUGACUCACAUAGAGAAAAACAAGUUUUGAUGUUGCCCACUGAAACAAGCACUGAUGAUGUUUUAGCACAAAUUGGUAGAAUGGCUGUUACCAAGUACAAACUGCCAAGGGUGGAACUUGAUGGCUUUGUUCCGGAGAAACCUAUAAAAAUGACACAAAAAUGUACAGUUGAAGAGUUGAAGACACUUCCAAACCGUGAGGAUAUUGAGAUUCCCGGCAUGGAAGCUGCAUCAACUGACACCAAGAUCCCAGUAAUCAAACAGCCUAAAACAACAUUCAUGCUUCCGGAUGAAGAAAUCCAGGCACAGACAGUGCAGAUGGUAAUAGAUGUUGACAGAGUUAAAGAGGCGGUCUCCAAAUUACCAGGUUUCAAGAUGCCAAAAACUGAAAUUUCAGGAUUAUAUGUUCAUCAAGAUAUCACAAUGACUGAUGUGAAUACAGAAUUCAAAAAUACUGCCAUACAUUCUUCACCUGAAAAGUUGAGCAGAAGCUCGGUUAACACAAUAAAAUUGCCAAAUACCCAUCUUUCUGAUCUAGAUGAUCAUAAUCAUAUUACUAUGACCAAAAUAGACCAAAUCAAAACAAGAAAAGUGGCUGAAAGGACCAAGGAGGUUGGAAUAAAAAAGGAGCUCCAUAAACGAGAGGAAAUAGAGAUACCUGGAACAGAAACUGUAAAACAAAAAGAAACUCCUUACAAACUGGAAGAAAAAAAAGAGACUAGUUCCAUUCUGGAGCCUAAGUUGGCAAUACUGGUACCUGCGGGUUCAACAAUCACAGCUGAAGAAAGAAAUGUUAUUUCUGAUUAUCAUACUAAAGUAUUAGAUAAGAAGUCAAAGCAAGCUAAGGUGUUAAUGCCUGAGAUUGGAAAAACAUUACCGGAGAUUGAUUUAGGUGUAUCUAAGAAAGAAAUAGAUGUCACUUUACCAGGGUCUAAAGUGGAGGUCCAACCACCUAAUGUUGAGCUCCAGCAGCCAUCUGGUGAAGUAAAUAUACCUGAGGGAGCUGCUACAGAUGUUGAUGUAAAAAUGAAAAAGCCACCAAUGUCAUUUGGAUGGUUUUCAAAAGCAGAAGUGAAAUCCCCAGAGGUUGAUGUCAGUCAUCCAAAGGUAGAUAUUUCUCUUCCAGAGGGAAAGGUCGAGGUCAAAAAGCCAGACGUGGAAAUUACAGCUCCAGAGAUGACAGUUGAAUUGAAACAUGAUAUUGAGGUUGACGCACAAGGAAGCAAAUUCAAACUGCCAAAAUUUGGCAUUUCCAUGCCAAAAGUGAAAGGUCCUCAGAUUGAUCUAGGUGUAUCUAAGAAAGAAAUAGAUGUCACUUUACCAGGGGCUAAAGUGGAGGUCCAACCACCUAACGUUGAGCCCAAAUUGCCUUCUGGUGAAGUCAAUAUACCUGAGGGAGCUGCUACAGAUGUUGAUGUAAAAAUGAAAAAGCCACAUAUGUCAUUUGGAUGGUUUUCAAAAGCAGAAGUGAAAUCACCAGAUGUUGAUGUCAGUCUUCCAAAGGAGGAUAUUUCUCUUCCAGAGGGAAAGGUUGAGGUCAAAAAGCCAGACGUGGAAAUGACAGCACCAGAGAUGACAGCUGAAGUGAAACAUGAUAUUGAGCUUCAAGGACAAGGAAGUAAAUUCAAACUCCCAAAAUUUGGAAUCUCCAUGCCAAAGGUGACAGGUCCUCAGAUUGAUUUAGGUGUAUCUAAGACAGAAAUAGAUGUCACUUUACCAGGGGCUAAAGUGGAGGUCCAACCACCUAACGUUGAGCUCCAGCAGCCAUCUGGUGAAGUAAAUAUACCUGAGGGAGCUGCUACAGAUGUUGAUGUAAAAAUGAAAAAGCCACCAAUGUCAUUUGGAUGGUUUUCAAAAGCAGAAGUGAAAUCCCCAGAGGUUGAUGUCAGUCUUCCAAAGGUAGAUAUUUCUCUUCCAGAGGGAAAGGUCGAGGUCAAAAAGCCAGAAAUGGAAAGGACAGCUCCAGAGAUGACAGCUGAAUUGAAACAUGAGAUUGAGCUUGAUGGACAAGGAAGCAAAUUCAAACUCCCAAAAUUUGGAAUCUCCAUGCCAAAAGUGAAAGGUCCUCAGAUUGAUCUAGGUGUAUCUAAGAAAGAAAUAGAUGUCACUUUACCUGGGGCUAAAGUGGAGGUCCAACCACCUAUUGUUGAGCCCGAAUUGCCUUCUGGUGAAGUCAAUAUACCUGAGGGAGCUGCUACAGAUGUUGAUGUAAAAAUGAAAAAGCCACAAAUGUCAUUUGGAUGGUUUUCAAAAGCAGAAGUGAAAUCACCAGAGGUUGAUAUGUCUCUUCCAGAGGCAAAGGUUGAGGUCAAAAAGCCAGACGUGGAAAUCACAGCUCCAGAGAUGACAGCUGAAUUGAAACAUGAUGUUGAGGUUGACGGACAAGGAAGCAAAUUCAAACUGCCAAAAUUUGGAAUCUCCAUGCCAAAAGUGAAAGGUCCUCAGAUUGAUUUAGGUGUUUCUAAGAAAGAAAUAGAUGUAAUUGUACCAGGGGCUAAAGUGGAGGUCCAACCACCUAACGUUGAGCUCCAACAGCCUUCUGGUGAAGUCAAUAUACCUGAGGGAGCUCCUACAGAUGUUGAUGUAAAAAUGAAAAAGCCACAUUUGUCAUUUGGAUGGUUUUCAAAAGCAGAAGUGAAAUCACCAGAGGUUGAUGUCAGUCUUCCAAAGGUGGAUAUUUCUCUUCCAGAGGGAAAGGUUGAGGUCAAAAAUCCAGACGUGGAAAUGACAGCACCAGAGAUGACAGCUGAAGUGAAACAUGAUAUUGAGCUUCAAGGACAAGGAAGCAAAUUCAAACUCCCCAAAUUUGGAAUCUCCAUGCCAAAAGUGAAAGGUCCUCAGAUUGAUUUAGGUGUAUCUAAGAAAGAAAUAGAUGUCACUUUACCAGGGGCUAAAGUGGAUUGUCAACCACCUAACGUUGAGGCCAAAUUGCCUUAUAGUGAAGUAAAUAUACCUGAGGGAGCUGCUACAGAUGUUGAUGUAAAAAUGAAAAAGCCACAAAUGUCAUUUGGAUGGUUUUCAAAAGCAGAAGUGAAAUCACCAGAGGUUGAUAUUUCUCUUCCAGAGGGAAAGGUUGAGGUCAAAAAGCCAGACGUGAAAAUCACAGCUCCAGAGAUGACAGCUGAAUUGAAACAUGAUAUUGAGGUUGAUGGACAAGGAAGCAAAUUCAAACUGCCAAAAUUUGGCAUUUCCAUGCCAAAAGUGAAAGGUCCUCAGAUUGAUUUAGGUGUAUCUAAGAAAGAAAUAGAUGUAAUUGUACCAGGGGCUAAAGUGGAGGUCCAACCACCUAAUGUUGAGCCCAAAUUGCCUUCUGGUGAAGUCAAUAUACCUGAGGGAGCUGCUACAGAUGUUGAUGUAAAAAUGAAAAAGCCACCAAUGUCAUUUGGAUGGUUUUCAAAAGCAGAAGUGAAAUCACCAGAUGUUGAUGUCAGUCUUCCAAAGGUAGAUAUUUCUCUUCCAGAGGGAAAGGUUGAGGUCAAAAAGCCAGACGUGGAAAUUACAGCUCCAGAGAUGACAGCUGAAUUGAAACAUGAUAUUGAGGUUGACGCACAAGGAAGCAAAUUCAAACUGCCAAAAUUUGGCAUUUCCAUGCCAAAAGUGAAAGGUCCUCAGAUUGAUUUAGGUGUAUCUAAGAAAGAAAUAGAUGUCACUUUACCAGGGUCUAAAGUGGAGGUCCAACCACCUAAUGUUGAGCCCAAAUUGCAUUCUGGUGAAGUCAAUAUACCUGAGGGAGCUGCUACAGAUGUUGAUGUAAAAAUGAAAAAGCCACAUAUGUCAUUUGGAUGGUUUUCAAAAGCAGAAGUGAAAUCACCAGAUGUUGAUGUCAGUCUUCCAAAGGAGGAUAUUUCUCUUCCAGAGGGAAAGGUUGAGGUCAAAAAGCCAGACGUGGAAAUGACAGCACCAGAGAUGACAGCUGAAGUGAAACAUGAUAUUGAGCUUCAAGGACAAGGAAGUAAAUUCAAACUCCCAAAAUUUGGAAUCUCCAUGCCAAAGGUGACAGGUCCUCAGAUUGAUUUAGGUGUAUCUAAGAAAGAAAUAGAUGUCACUUUACCAGGGGCUAAAGUGGAGGUCCAACCACCUAACGUUGAGCUCCAACAGCCUUCUGGUGAAGUAAAUGUACCUGAGGGAGCUGCUACAGAUGUUGAUGUAAAAAUGAAAAAGCCACAUAUGUCAUUUGGAUGGUUUUCAAAAGCAGAAGUGAAAUCACCAGAGGUUGAUGUCAGUCUUCCAAAGGUAGAUAUUUCUCUUCCAGAGGGAAAGGUUGAGGUCAAAAAGCCAGACGUGGAAAUUACAGCUCCAGAGAUGACAGCUGAAUUGAAACAUGAUAUUGAGGUUGACGCACAAGGAAGCAAAUUCAAACUGCCAAAAUUUGGCAUUUCCAUGCCAAAAGUGAAAGGUCCUCAGAUUGAUUUAGGUGUAUCUAAGAAAGAAAUAGAUGUCACUUUACCAGGGGCUAAAGUGGAGGUCCAACCACCUAACGUUGAGCUCCAACAGCCUUCUGGUGAAGUAAAUGUACCUGAGGGAGCUGCUACAGAUGUUGAUGUAAAAAUGAAAAAGCCACAUAUGUCAUUUGGAUGGUUUUCAAAAGCAGAAGUGAAAUCACCAGAGGUUGAUGUCAGUCUUCCAAAGGUAGAUAUUUCUCUUCCAGAGGGAAAGGUUGAGGUCAAAAAGCCAGACGUGGAAAUUACAGCUCCAGAGAUGACAGCUGAAUUGAAACAUGAUAUUGAGGUUGACGCACAAGGAAGCAAAUUCAAACUGCCAAAAUUUGGCAUUUCCAUGCCAAAAGUGAAAGGUCCUCAGAUUGAUUUAGGUGUAUCUAAGAAAGAAAUAGAUGUCACUUUACCAGGGGCUAAAGUGGAGGUCCAACCACCUAACGUUGAGCUCCAACAGCCUUCUGGUGAAGUAAAUGUACCUGAGGGAGCUGCUACAGAUGUUGAUGUAAAAAUGAAAAAGCCACAUAUGUCAUUUGGAUGGUUUUCAAAAGCAGAAGUGAAAUCACCAGAGGUUGAUGUCAGUCUUCCAAAGGUAGAUAUUUCUCUUCCAGAGGCAAAGGUUGAGGUCAAAAAGCCAGAUGUGGAAAAGACAGCUCCAGAAAUGACAGCUGAAUUGAAACAUGAUGUUGAGGUUGAAGGGCCAGGAAGCAAAUUCAAACUCCCCAAAUUUGGAAUCUCCAUGCCAAAAGUGAAAGGUCCUCAGAUUGAUUUAGGUGUAUCUAAGAAAGAAAUAGAUGUCACUUUACCAGGGGCUAAAGUGGAUUGUCAACCACCUAACGUUGAGGCCAAAUUGCCUUCUGGUGAAGUAAAUAUACCUGAGGGAGCUGCUACAGAUGUUGAUGUAAAAAUGAAAAAGCCACAAAUGUCAUUUGGAUGGUUUUCAAAAGCAGAAGUGAAAUCACCAGAGGUUGAUGUCAGUCUUCCAAAGGUGGAUAUUUCUCUUCCAGAGGCAAAGGUUGAGGUCAAAAAGCCAGACGUGGAAAUGACAGCACCAGAGAUGACAGCUGAAGUGAAACAUGAUAUUGAGCUUCAGGGACAAGGAAGUAAAUUCAAACUCCCCAAAUUUGGAAUCUCCAUGCCAAAGGUGACAGGUCCUCAGAUUGAUUUAGGUGUAUCUAAGAAAGAAAUAGAUGUCACUUUACCAGGGGCUAAAGUGGAGGUCCAACCACCUAACGUUGAGCUCCAACAGCCUUCUGGUGAAGUAAAUUUACCCGAGGGAGCUGCUACAGAUGUUGAUGUAAAAAUGAAAAAGCCACAAAUGUCAUUUGGAUGGUUUUCAAAAGCAGAAGUGAAAUCACCAGAGGUUGAUGUCAGUCUUCCAAAGGUAGAUAUUUCUCUUCCAGAGGGAAAGGUUGAGGUCAAAAAGCCAGAUGUGGAAAUGACAGCUCCAGAAAUGACAGCUGAAUUGAAACAUGAUGUUGAGGUUGAAGGGCCAGGAAGCAAAUUCAAACUCCCCAAAUUUGGAAUCUCCAUGCCAAAAGUGAAAGGUCCUCAGAUUGAUUUAGGUGUAUCUAAGAAAGAAAUAGAUGUCACUUUACCAGGGGCUAAAGUGGAUUGUCAACCACCUAACGUUGAGCUCCAACAGCCUUCUGGUGAAGUAAAUAUACCUGAGAGAGCUGCUACAGAUGUUGAUCUAAAAAUGAAAAAGCCACAAAUGUCAUUUGGAUGGUUUUCAAAAGCAGAAGUGAAAUCACCAGAGGUUGAUGUCAGUCUUCCAAAGGUGGAUAUUUCUCUUCCAGAGGGAAAGGUUGAGGUCAAAAAGCCAGAAAUGGAAAGGACAGCACCAGAGAUGACAGCUGAAUUGAAACAUGAGAUUGAGCUUGAUGGACAAGGAAGCAAAUUCAAACUCCCAAAAUUUGGAAUCUCCAUGCCAAAAGUGAAAGGUCCUCAGAUUGAUCUAGGUGUAUCUAAGAAAGAAAUAGAUGUCACUUUACCAGGGGCUAAAGUGGAGGUCCAACCACCUAUUGUUGAGCCCAAAUUGCCUUCUGGUGAAGUCAAUAUACCUGAGGGAGCUGCUACAGAUGUUGAUGUAAAAAUGAAAAAACCACAAAUGUCAUUUGGAUGGUUUUCAAAAGCAGAAGUGAAAUCACCAGAGGUUGAUGUCAGUCUUCCAAAGGUAGAUAUGUCUCUUCCAGAGGCAAAGGUUGAGGUCAAAAAGCCAGACGUGGAAAUCACAGCUCCAGAGAUGACAGCUGAAUUGAAACAUGAUGUUGAGGUUGACGGACAAGGAAGCAAAUUCAAACUGCCAAAAUUUGGAAUCUCCAUGCCAAAAGUGAAAGGUCCUCAGAUUGAUUUAGGUGUUUCUAAGAAAGAAAUAGAUGUAAUUGUACCAGGGGCUAAAGUGGAGGUCCAACCACCUAACGUUGAGCUCCAACAGCCUUCUGGUGAAGUCAAUAUACCUGAGGGAGCUGCUACAGAUGUUGAUGUGAAAAUGAAAAAGCCACAUAUGUCAUUUGGAUGGUUUUCAAAAGCAGAAGUGAAAUCACCAGAGGUUGAUGUCAGUCUUCCAACAGUGGAUAUUUCUCACCCAGGGGGAAAGUUUGAGGUCAAGAAGCCAGACUUGGAAACGACAGCUCCAGAGAUUCAAGUUGAUGUACAAGUUAAUAUCCCUGAGGGAGCUACUACAGAAAUUGAUGCAAAAAUGAAAAAGCCAAGAAUGUCAUUUGGCUGGUUUUCAAAACCAGAAUUGAAACCCACUGAGGUUGACGUCAGUCAUUCACAGGUGGAUAUUUCUCUUCCAGAGCGAAAGGUGGAUGUCAACGUACCAGAAAUAGAAAUGAGUGAUCCAGGGAUACAAUUGGAAAUGAAACAGGAACGUUCAUCUGUUAAAAUAGAAUCAUCAGAAGUUGACACAAAAGAUGUUGUUGGCUCCCCAUCAAGAUUCAAAAUGCCAAAUAUAAAAUUCCCCAAAUUUGGUGCAACUUCAAAGGUGCUAAUAGAUGACUCUGAUAAAGACAAGGAUAUGCAUGCUGAAGUAGUAGCAGCUUCAUUUCAAAGGGAUUUUCCAGAAUCCAGUGAUAAAGUUGAAGGGUCCAGUGAAAUUAACCUACAUGAUGCUGGAUUGGAAAGGCCCUCCGUUGAAGGAAGAAUGGCAAGAGCUGAAGUGGAUGACAUUUCAAAACCGUCAAUUGAUGAUAACGUCCAUGGCUCACCCAACAAAGGGCAAGCAUCCCCCAGUAAAGGUCAAGGUUCACCUAGUAAAUUCAAACUUCCAACUUUUAAAAUGCCCAAAUUGAGAAUUUCUAAAUCAAAGACUGAGAAUGAACAGAAAGAUAUAACUCCAAAUGUUAUUUUGGAGAAUAAUGAGAAUCCAGAGGAACCACACGGACAAGAGAAAUCAACUAAAUUCACUUUGACAACAUUUGGGGAGGUAUUAAGAAACAUUGAUGUUGAAUUUGAUGUCCCAGCAUUAGAAGACAUGGAAGAGAAGCUCACAAGCUCUCGGGAAGAAUUAACUGCCACUGGAAAAAAAGAAAUAAAUGCUCAACCUAGGGUUGAAACCCAGUCAGUGCAUGAAGAGAAAGAAGCCCAAGAAAAUUCUAAAUUUGGCUUGUUAAUAUCUCCAUCACUUGGACUAUCUUCUCCUUCAGAACUUGCCAAUAUAUUUGAAAAAGGAACUUCAGAGAAGAAAAGCCCUGCAAGUGACUCAGUUGAACAGGAAAUCAGCUCAAACUUUUCAGUGCAGUCAUCAGAUGGUUUUGCAGAUAAUAGUUCCACAGUCACAAGCGAAUAUGUUGGUCAAUCACUGUCCUCUCCAACCAAAGUCACAGUGAAGUACUCCGACCCCUUUGCAACUGAUUUACAGGGUGAUAUAAUUACCUCCACAACAAGGACAAAAAUGAUUUCAUUUAAACCUUACUUGGCAGAGAAAGUCACCCUUUCAAUGUCCUCUGGUGCUGACUCCCCAUCAAUGAACACCUUACAUCUGGAGUCAAGUAAACAUGUCACAUCAAAUAUACAAGAAAGAUCAGACACACAAAAGGUCACGCUCUUGCAGACAGGGACUUCCUCUGCAUGUUUGUCAGUAGAUGACACAAACAAAACACAAAAAGAUGGUCAAACCGUUAUUGAGAGGCAUGUAGUUAGGGAAAGGUCAGGCAAUGACAGGGAAACAGUUGUCUUAACUCGAAGAGUUACACAUGUGUUUGGGGCUGAGCCAAUCUCAGAUGAAACAGCCUCAUCGAUCAAACAGAUGAAAGACACAAUGCACUCUGAGAAAAUGAAAUUCUUUGAUAGUGAAUUAGAGUGAUCCCUCCAUUGAGGAGUAAUAGUAGUACACAUGUUAUUGUAUCCUUUAUGAUAUGACAUUUUCAGUGUCCUUAGCACAUGGUAUGUACUGUACAUGUCCAUGCUGCAGAUAGCAAAGUAAAACCCAAUUUCAUCACUUCAAUGCAAUUACUACCACUGAUUUCAUUGACUGAAUUCGCUCUGUCAUCCAUGCUAAUUUUGCUGGUAUACUCUCUUAUAAUUAGUGACUUGAGAAACACUAGAUAUCCUCAACCUACUCUCAUAUCUGUUCCUUCAAUUAGUUGAGUGGAUCUUAAAGCAAUGAAUGUUUCAAUGAUGCAAUGGUUUUCUGGAGGAAGGAAGGGACAUUUCGGUGAAGACAUUUAGUAGGAUCAAGGCUUUAGGAUGUAGACCACCCAUUAAACUAAAUGUAUGUUAAUCUGUUGUUGAAUAGUCAUCACAAUUUAAGGGUGAAUACUAACACUCCAAAGAGGCAAAUAGAGGUGUACAUGUUUGUUUCUCAAGUACAUAUAUAAUUUGCCAAAUUGUAAUAUUUAACACUUUAUUACAAAAGGUAAUCAGCAAUGUUAAUAUUAACAACUUCACAUUACAAUAUACUGUUUACUGUGUUUAGAUAUGAAAGCACCAUUUAAUUUAGCAGUAUACAAACAUAAACAUUUGUAACAUGCUAUUAAUUAUAAAGAAAAAUCUUAAUGUGCAUAAAAACCAAUAACAAAAACCAAUACAAAAUAUAAACAGAAACAGCUAUCAACAAAAAGCCUUUCUACAGAAAGGUCCUUUGAUCAAUUUUAAAGGAACCCAGCAACUGUGGUCCUUCAUGUGGUCAUUCCAUAGGCUGGGGGAAAUUAGGUAGAAAGCCUCCACCAGUGUGGAGAUGUAUGAAUGUGGGUGACGUGGUGGUGUUUCUCUUAUCUGGAACAUGGCAGUGCUGUUCUGGAUGUACAUGGGUUUCUGGACAUUGAGAUGAAGAGUUCAUUGCAUUAGUCCAGCCUUGAGGAUACAAAGGCAUGGACAAGCUUAUUUGUAUCAUAUUUAGUGAGGAUAGGACAGGGUAUGACAAUGCUAUUGAGGUGAUAUAAUGAUGCUUUGUACAGUUGUUUGAUGUGGUUAUCGAAGUUCAGGAAAAUCUUUAUACCCAGAUUGAAAACAUGAUGAACAUGAAUGACAUUUACAUUAACUGUGGUUAAAAAGUUAUUUCUCAAGAAACCAAUCUUUCAAUAAGCCUCCAAUCUCAUUGGCAAUGUAUUAUUAAAUAAGGUUAAACAUUGAAAACAACCCAUCACAAAAAAGCUUUACACGUGUGUACCAUAAUUACCCAGAGGGAUAUCUAAAGGAAACAUUGCAAUGGAAAGGUUUUGUGUGUUACAAAUUGUAGAACCCCAAACCAUUCUUCCAGACAAGUUUACUUCUAAGAAUUAACAUCUAAUGGAGAGGAAUUUCUUAAAUCAGAUGACAAUGUGUCAUUGGGAUGUUCAUGGAACAACAGCAUGGUCCACUAGGAAUUUAUUUUCAAAAGUGUCUAUCUGGACUUCACCACUUAGAUAGGAUUAUAUAAAUUGAAAACAUUUGAAUAGAAAAGGAGUCUUUGCUCAGGUGAACUAUUUGUCUGAUCUUUCCAUUCCACUGAUAUGCAUUUAAUCAUAUUAUAGAUAAAUAAAAUCCAGUCAGAUCCCUUUUCAAAAAUUGGCCUCAGAAAUUCCCGUUUGAUGGGAAUCCGAUGCGGUAUGUAUUGAUAAAUGACCUCAAAUGUCUGCUAUACAUGGUAUAAUUGAUGGGUCUGUAAAAUAUGUAUACAAUUAUUUCACUUUGAAAGAAUACUAAACACACAAUGAACAAGUAAUUCAACAAAAACAAAACAAAUAUAAGGAUGUAUUAAUAUCUAUACAUUUACCAUUAAUUUAUUUUGCUGAAAUUGAAUACUUGUACUCAUAGUAAAAAUGCAAAACAAAUAUAUAGAUACAGCUAUAUUUAGAUUAAAAUAUGCCAUGAUGUAUACAAGAUGCUAAUCAAAUUUGUGAAAUAUUAUUUUAAUCUUGUGUUGUUGAGUUACUUUGUCUGUUGAUUUUGUUCUCCACUAUGUAAUCAAUGUAUUUGCAAAACUAUACAUAAUAAAUCUUCUUAACAUAUUUCAACUU